CAAGUCCUAGGCACCUAGCUACUGCGAGAUGCAGAGGCACGCCGGCGAUGAGCUCACCAUCUCCGUCGACCCAGACACUCUCGACUGCCCCAUCUGCUUCCACACCCUCAGGCCUCCGGUGUUCCAGUGCGCCGCCGGGCACGUGCUCUGCUCGUCCUGCCACGACAGACUCCGGCAGAGCCGCAAGUGCCCGGAGUGCUCCGUCGCCACCGGCUUCAGCCGCUGCUACGCCGUCGACCGCAUCCUGCGGGCCGUCCGCGUCCCUUGCCCCAACGCCGCGCGCGGCUGCGCUGUCCAGACGUCCCUCCACGAGCGGGAGGAGCACGAGAAGUCGUGCGCGUUGCUCCUGCGCCACGGCCUGGCCACCGUCACCAUCAAUGACAAUGCAAAGGCGGGAGAGGUUGUCAGGAUGGGCCCUUGCGGCGGCGGCGGCGGCAACGCCAGAAAGAUAGGCAUGGUGGGCGAGGUGACACGCAUUGUCCAGGUCGCCGUCCGCCACUGCGCGUUGCUCCUGCGCCACGGCCUGGCCACCGUCACCAUCAAUGACAAUGCAAAGGUACGUAGGAUUCGACCUUAUGCUACCUCCGACUCCGAUUCGAUCUGCUGUCUUGCUAGCUAUGUUGAUUGA